UUAAAAGCUUGGCGUCCUGUUGCGUGAUUUCCCACAGCCAGCCUCAGGAAACUCACCGUCUCCAUUCACUGACGCAUCAGUCCUGCAUGAGCGCAACAGCCUGCAGCGCUGCGCCGCCGCCGUGGAGGGAGGGUAACAUCAACAGCAGCAAGGAUAAAACUUCUUUUGUGUGUUAUAUAUGAGCGCUUGCUGCGUCGGACUCCACAGAAAUGAUGCAUUUUAUUCUUGUCUGCCUGUUUUGUGGAUUGUACGGCGCUUUUGGAAAAGGUAAUGAGCAAAAGAUGAGGUUCAGCGUCCCGGUCCUGGAUGUCGAGAGUACACAACUGGUUCUGGAGGCCAACAAAACUUUGGCGCUCAAAUGCAGGGGUGACCGGGAGCUGUCCUGGGCGUUCCCUGGAGGCUUGGACCGAGAUCAAGUGAAAGUGGUCAACUCUCGUUGUGGGAAAAUGCGCCAGCACUACUGCAGCCACCUGCGGGUCAGCCGCAGCCAGGCCCGGCACACCGGACUUUACCGCUGCCGCUACAGGCACCAGACCCAGAAACAGCACUCCGUCUAUGUAUAUGUCACAGACAGCCGGCAGCCAUUUGUGGAGCACACCGACAUGAGCCCAGCCGUGUUGUACAUGAAGGUGAGGGAGCCGCUGGUCAUCCCUUGCAGAGUCACCAACCCCAACAUCACCACCACUCUGGUUAAGUAUUACAGCAGGCUGCUGAGUCAAGACCAGAGAAAUAUUCUCUGGAACAGCAGGAAAGGUUUCACCAUCCAGACACCUAACUUCUCCUACAUCGGCCUCUUCCAUUGCGAGGCCAUCAUUGACGGAGUGAAGCACAACUCACGCGUGUACUUUGUGCACAGAACAGUGAGUAACAUCACAGAGGUUUACCUGAACACCAGCGGAUCUGUGCAGGCCCUGAAGGGGGAGAGGCUGGCUCUGAACUGCACUGCCACCGCAGAGCUGAACACCAGAGUCAACAUCACCUGGGACUAUCCUGGAAAGAGAAACAAUGCGGGCUCCAGCUUUAAAAGGCUGGUGAAGCACCCGAUGCACAUGCUGUUCUACAACAUCCUGACCGUCCCGAAGCUCCAGCGGUCGGACCGCGGCCUCUACACAUGCCGUGUCACCAGCGGCGAGCAAAGCAAACAACAGAAAGUCACGGUCACAGUCUACAAUCGCCCAUUCAUCCGUCUGAAGCCGAGAAAUGGAUCGGUGGUGGAAGUUCAAGCGGGACAGAAGUCCUACAAACUUUCCCCAAAACUUCGGGCAUUCCCUUCCCCUGAGGUUGUCUGGUUGAAGGACGGCCGAGUGGCAGCAGAGCAGUGCUCCAGAUACCACAUGGACGGCACGUCCCUGGUCAUCCGGGACGUUGCAGAGGAGGACGCAGGGAAAUACACUGUCCUCGUACGGAUCCAGCAACAUGCUCUCUAUCAGAAUCUCACUCUCACGCUUCUGGUCAACGUGAGUCCUCAGAUUGGUGAGAAAGCAGUGUCGUUGCAGGACCCGGGCUCUGUACCGCGGGGGAGCAAGAAAUUGCUCCACUGCACAUCCCACGGAGUCCCCCCUCCGCAUAUUCAGUGGCUCUGGCAUCCCUGCCCGUCCAAAGGCCUGUGUCCUACAUCCUCCUCCUCGCAGUGGAGCCCCGUGACGGAGAGUCUGCCUGCUUCAUCUGCGUACAACCACAUCCUGAGUGUUACUCACACACAGGAAGUCCUUCAGGGGAACAAGAAGACAGUGGGGGUCCUGACUGUUGCAGAGGCCUCGGUGUCUGGCGUGUACCGCUGCAUCGCCUCCAACUCUGCGGGAACAGACCAGCUGGAUGUUCCCUUCUACGUCACAGACGUCCCAGAGGGCUUCAGUGUAAACCAGCUGGAGCCGGCCAGAGGCGGGGACCUUCACCUCACCUGUUCUGCAAAUAAGUACCUGUACACAGCGUUGUCAUGGCGGAGGCUGAAUGACUCAGGUGAAUCCCGCUCUCCGGCCUGGAACAUCCAUCACCUGGAACCGGGGGAGUUCUCCAACGCUGUGGUCCUGAUGUUGACGAACCUGAGUAGCGGGGACGCCGGGGUCUACAGAUGCUCCGCCCAACAUGUCAUCAGUGGGCAGGAGAAGCACCUGGAUACCCAGGUGGAGGUCACAACUCUGGAGCCUCCUGUGCUGCUCAGUAAUUUGACAGACUGCACCGUGAACGCCAGCAGCUCCAUAACGCUCAGUUGUGAGUCUGAGGGAAUCCCACCGCCGACCAUCACCUGGUACAAAGACGAACAGGUUCUGCAGCAGGGGUCAGGCAUCAUCUUGUCAGAGCGAGAUGGGACUCUCCACAUAGACAGAAUAACGGUCGACGACCAGGGUCUGUAUACGUGCCUGGCCACAAACGACAGAGGGUCUGCACAGAGCUCUGCCUUCAUUCGGAUCAAUAGCGUGUCAGAAGUCUCUUUUCUGGAAAUUCCCACUCUAACCUGUACGUGUGUGGUGGCUACUCUCUUCUGGCUCUUGCUCACGCUCUUCAUUCGGAAACUGAGACAGCCCAACGUUUCCAAGCACAAAGCAGAGUACUUAUCAGUCACAGUGGACCCCGCAGAGGGGCCCGCAGAGGGGCCAUGUGACCGCCUGCAGUAUGACCCCAGCCAAUGGGAGUUCCCUCGGGAGCGUCUCAAAUUAGGGAAACCUCUCGGCCGCGGAGCCUUUGGUAAAGUGAUCCAGGCGUCCGCGUUUGGCAUCGACAGCUCCACCAGCUGCAGGACUGUGGCAGUGAAGAUGCUCAAAGAGGGAGCCACAAGCAGCGAACACAAGGCUCUGAUGACCGAGCUGAAGAUCCUCAAUCACGUUGGGAACCAUCUGAAUGUGGUCAACCUGCUGGGGGCCUGCACCAAACCAGGAGGACCACUGAUGGUCAUUGUCGAGUACUGUCGCUUCGGAAACCUCUCUGCCUUCUUAAAGAACAAAAGAGGCGUGUAUGUGCACGGCCGGCAGGCAGAGCUCAGUCUUGUUUCAACCCUCUUUGACAGCCAGAGCCGCAUCAGCGCUGAGUUUGGUGACACAGAAGAGAAAUGCUCUGAUCCCAAACCGCUGUCCUCCUCCUCUCCUCUCUUCCUCGAGGAUCUCAUUUCCUUCAGCUUUCAGGUGGCGAGAGGAAUGGAGUUUCUGGCGUCCCGCAAGUGCAUCCACAGAGAUCUGGCUGCCAGGAACAUUUUGUUGACUGACAACAAAGUGGUGAAGAUCUGCGACUUCGGCCUGGCCAGAGACAUCUACAAAGACCCGGACUACGUCAGGAAAGGAGAUGCCCGUCUCCCUCUGAAGUGGAUGUCUCCUGAGUCGAUCUUUGACAAAGUGUUCACCACACAGAGCGACGUGUGGUCCUACGGCAUCCUGCUGUGGGAGAUCUUCUCUUUGGGAGCCUCUCCUUACCCCGGUCUUCAGAUUGAUGAGGAGUUUUGCCACCGGCUGAAGAGCGGAACGAGGAUGCGAGCGCCAGAUUACAGCACGCCUGAAAUCUACAGCACAAUGUUGGCGUGUUGGGAGGCAAAUCCUUCAGAGCGACCCACCUUCACCAACCUGGUGGAGAUACUCGGAGACCUGCUCCAAGCCAGAGUCCAGGAGGAUGGGAAAGACUACAUUCCUCUGGGGACUUUUGUGAAUGGAGAUCGCGGUGAGGCCUUUAGGGAAAACUCAAAUGCAGUCACAAACCUGAGCUACAUGAGGGGCAUGGCCACACUUCAGACUUUUGAGGAAUUCCCAUGUGAGGAGCAAGACAGCCGUGAUGAGGAGCAGAGCGACAGCGGGAUGGUCCUUCCUUCAGAGGAGCUGAAGCAAAUGAUGGCGAGCAACACCAAGAACAAGACACUCAGCAGGUUCUUCUUGUUUUCCAAGUGUAGAGACAACCAUCCAUCCAUCCUGCGCAGCGACGUCUCCGGACUCCGUGAAGACGAGCCCGCCAUCUUGCCCGCUGACUGGGAGUCGGACGAGGGCUGCUCUCCCCCUCCAGACUACAACUCUGCCUUUCUCUACCCUUCCCUUUAGCUUCUCGCUCCCGGAUGUGUAAUCCUCCAACAGAGUUCCCGCAUCGAUAACCAGCCAUCCAAAAACUUGCUCUGCUUCCACACUUUGCUGUUUGCGUCCUCUACCUCAUAGUAGCGCCUUGCUGGUAUUCCCAUAGCGUCCUCUUCUUUACGGCUAAAAAAUAAAAUCUAGAGCAAGCUUUUUAUAACCAGAAACAAUGAAAAAAAAAAAUCUCCACAAGUAUGAAGUGUCACACCAGUUGUUUUCUCUAAGAGCAGCUAAUCUUCCAGAUCUCACAUAGAGCUUAUUGUAUUGGUACCUCCUGCUUUGUGAAGAGGAGCUUUGCUGUAAUAAAUAACAGUUCCUCUUGCACAACUGCUAUAUGCUGGAAAAAAUAUAUGUUAUUGUGUUCAUAUUAGACAGAACGGAUAUCUGUAUUUAUUUCUACUUUGUAGAAAGCAUGUAAGCAUUUAAGCAUUAAGCAUUUAUGAGUGUAUUUUUAUUUAAUCCAGAAUUUACACUGGAUUAUGUUAAUGUGCCUCUAUAUCUAUCAGUUCAACACUAAACUCUACGUUCAGUGAGGUCAGAAACUGGAAUUCAGAUCAUUUUUGAUCUGAAACAGUCACCAUGACAUUUGAUUCAUUUCAGCAAAGUGCCACGAAUAAACUGCCAACUGAGAGAGAAAUUAUGAUUAAGAAAGAUUAUAAAAAUGCUAUUAGUUGUUGUAAAAAAUCAAAUGUCUCACAUGUUUUUAUAGCUCCAUUCUCAGAUAUUAAAUAAAUGUAUAGAAUGCCA